UAUGCAAAGCUCUUUGGGACCUCCUACCAUAAUGAGAACUUCAAUAAAGAAAAUCUGUCUUAAAGAAGGUUGUCAUUAACCUUUCGACAUUAAUGAAGAUAACAUUCGUAAUCAUGACUCUCAUCGAUUAUAAGUGCACGUAGUUUAGGAUUUAGUUUAAAAGUUACACGAAAGAAAUUUGAAGAAUAAAGAAGAACUUGGACACAUUCAAAAUAAAUUAUUUUUAAAAAUUGAAUAAAAUGAAAAGGCCAUUAUGGCAUUGAGAAGUGGAGAUAGGAGCUUACUUAUAGAACAUUUAUCAAAUUUAACAGAAUAAUCUGAGUCAUUAGGUAAUCCAUUAAUUGAAAGAAAUAACUUAGAGUCUUAUGACAAUUUAUUUUUUAGUAUUAUAAAUAUUCUACUUAGGUACCAGACGACAAGUAAAAUUUGAGAGAUUAGAUGAAAAUUAUAAUAAAAAUUUUAGAGCAAUGUUUAACGAAUUAGUUAAUGCCUAAAUUUUUUAAAAUUGCUAAAUCAAUUGUCAAAAUCAUGGUAUAUACAGAAUAGAUAGGUUCGAUUUAGCACCAAAUAUUGAUAAAUAAAAAAGAUUACUUUGCCAAAAUGAUUAAAGGGUAAGAGCUCUAAACUUUGAAAUGUGCUAAAAUUUAUUAGAUAAAUAUAACUAACAAGAAUUGUAUUUAUAAUUACUUAUCUCAGGUGCUUUGAAAAGUUACAUUAGAUAAAAGGAUUGAUAUUUUCCUUAAGAUUUAAUUUAGAUCGAAUUACAAAUAAGAUUUUGACUGAAGUUUAAGGCUUAAUUAACAGUAAUUUUAGAUAUUUUGAAUAAAAUCAAAAGGAUUUUUAAUACCAAUUCAGAUUUGGAGAAAUAAUUCCUAAAUAAACUUAUGAAAAUCUAGCUGAAUUUUUAUCUGUAAACGGACAAAAUCUGCCAUUAAAAAGUAAUUAGAUAAGUAAUAUUGAGUAAUUUGAGUAAAUUUUGGAUUAAAUUAAAACAUCAGUUGUGAAAAUUCACACUAACUUUGGAAAUUUUCUUGAUCAAUUAAAACCUUCAAUUAUAAAAAUCACUAUUGAAACGAUUAUAGGUUAAGAUGCUCAAAUUUAGUAUCUAGAAGUUCAACCUGGAGCAACAUUAGCUGAGUUAUUUAACUACCUUAGAGAUGAUUAGAAUUGGAAUUAUUAGAUAACUUAGGCAGAGAUUGUCAUUGAUCAUCUCAGAUUAAAUCUAUAACAAAGAUCACCUGAAUAAGUAAUUCUUCAAAAUGAUAAUGAUAUUUAAAUAUAAUUUCGUAGAUGA